AUGGGAACUCGAAGAGUUUUGGUAACAGGAUGUUCCUCUGGGAUUGGACUGGCUGUGGCUGCACGUCUCGCCAAGGAUGAACUGAAAAGGUUUAAAGUCGUGGCUACAAUGAGGGAUGUGGAGAAGAGAGCAGCACUGGAGACGGCAGCAGGAGAGGUACCAGGCGGGUCGCUGGAGAUCCAUCAGUUGGAUGUCUGCUGUGAGGACUCCAUCCGAGAGUGCGUGAACAGCCUGCCUGACAGACGCCUGGAUAUAUUGGUGAGUAAUGCCGGCAUGGGGAUGAUCGGGCCGCUCGAGUGCCAGAGCGUAAAGGACAUGCAGGACGUCUUUAACACUAAUUUCUUUGGCUUGGUGCGACUGGUGAAGGAGGUGCUGCCCGACAUGAAGAGACGACAGAGUGGACACAUUGUGGUGAUGAGCAGCGUCAUGGGGGUUCAGGGAGUACUCUUCAAUGACGUCUAUGCUGCUUCGAAGUUCGCCGUAGAAGGCUUGUGUGAGAGUCUUGCUGUGCAAGCGAUGAAGUUUAACAUUAAGAUGACUUUGGUAGAGCCGGGGCCGGUGCUGACAGAGUUUGAGAGGAAGGUCUACGAGGACGCACAAAACAUGGACCUGUCCACCACAGACGAUGAGACGGCGAGAAUUUUCCGCGAGAUUUACCUUCCUUACUCAGAAAAAGUGUUCUCCUCACACAGUCAGAGCCCUGAGGAGGUGGCAGAGCAAACAUUCCAGCUGAUUGUAUCAAAGGAUCCUCCAUUUCGUCACCAGACCAAUCGCCUGUACACACCCAUGACCACCAUGAAGCACGCAGACCCUACAGGACGCCUGCCUCUGGAUGCCUUCUACAAGCUGAUCUUCCAGUAUGACCGCGUAUUUAACGCCAGCCUCGGCAUCAUGCGCUUGCUCCAGAGGAGGAAGAGGAAGUUUAAAGUGUGAAAUAUCAUGCCAGGCAUGACUUUUACAUUUUAGGUGGAUAGAAGAACGAGUAUAGAUUCAGGUCGAACUAGAUGGAAACCUACAGUAUGUGUGGACUUAUAGGUUUAAUAAUUCUUUUAAAUCAUAAAUGAGAAGGAAUGAAACCCUUGGAGGCAUGUAGUUAUAGGGAAAUAAUCAGUGACGGACGGGACAGUGUGAUGUGGCCCGUUGCAAAAGUUGAUUAUAUUCCGAUAAGAGCACAUUCCAAAGUGUCUUAUUCCUCUUAUACUGCAGCAGUUGACCAACUAUUAACUAAGUUCAUUUGAAAAUAUGGGCAAAGAAAAAUACUAACUGCAGAAGUGGGCGGGACUGGUCGGACUUCCUUCAGGAAAGGGCGGAAACAGGACACCUCCCGUGUACUGCUCCGCCCUCAGAGGCGGUGAGGUAUAAAAGUGUUAAUGGUGACUGUCAACUAAUGUAGAAAUUAGUAUUUAGUUAUUAGAGUGCUGCGCUUAACUGACCGGCAAGUUGCUUUGAAAGCUCGGAGAAGAAUUAAAGGGGAACUGAAGGCAAAUUUUUUAUGAUCAAAAUUCUAUUUAUUUCAUUUUAUUAAAGAUAGGA